AGCCAGCCAUCUCCUUUUACACAGAAACUUGGCCACACCUUGUCCACAAAAAGCACUUCCCAACUCCAACUGCUUCAAUGGAUAACACAAACAAAUCACACACCCCAAAUUACUCAGAAAGCAAAAGAACACAAAAAUGUCAGUGGCAACUUCCUUCCCCUCCAUCAAAAUCCCACCUGCAUCAUCAUCUUCCUCUUCACAUUCUUCUUCUUGUUCUUCAAAUCAUUCUUUUAUGCUGUCUUCUUCCUCUUCAACAAAGCCUUACCAUGUAAAAAUUAGCAUAAGGAGCUCCCAGACUGAAGGGCCUAUCAGAAGACCUGCUGCUCCUUCUCUCCGAGAACCCUCCCAGCCGUCUUCCCCUCUCAAACCAACCCCUCCUUCUCCUCCGUCUCCUUCUCCGCCGCCUCAGCAGCCCUCGAAUCCGGCCCAGGUUUCCGGGCUGACGAUGGUGGAGGACAAGAAUGUGGUGACCUUGGAGUUUCAGAGGCAGAAGGCUAAGGAGAUUCAGGAGUACUUCAAGCAGAAGAAGCUUGAGGCUGCUAACCAGGGUCCUUUCUUUGGCUUUGUUGGCAAGAACGAGAUUAGCAAUGGCAGAUGGGCAAUGUUCGGUUUUGCUGUUGGAAUGCUAACGGAGUAUGCAACUGGCUCAGACUUUGUUGAUCAAGUAAAGAUACUGCUUUCGAAUUUUGGAAUACUAGAUCUGGAAUGAUACACCGGCCCGGUGGGAUGUUGAAAGCCUCAAUACCUUCUUGUCUCUGGAGCUACUGCAGAUGCAUUCACUGUUUCACUUGUAACUUUGUUGAGUAAUUUGUUUAAAUUUCAUUUGCGAGAAAUACUCAGCUAUCAUACGUUGCUGUAUUUUACUUACGAUGUUUACCAGGAUUUCAACAAUAGAAGAAGUUCCUCAGAGCUCGUUUGAUAACA